AUGGGAGCAACGGCCAACAAGGACGGGGUGUUCCACUAUAACACUCUGCUUACUCUGGACUUGGCCAGCCCUUACUUCUCGAGCGGGCGGCAGGAAGAGCGGUUUGAAGUGGUCGUCAUGGAGCACAAGGAAGACGGUCAUAUCAGCUUCUCCAUCGACUCUUUCCCAGACAUGGACCCGGUGGCACUGGAACAUUUUUACAUUCAGAAGGUCGAUCAGCAUCGGCAAAGCCGAGAUAUGUUUUUUUCGAAGAUCGACCGUGAGACCGACGAGAUGGCGAACCCGGAAACAUCAGAUCCCGCUAAAUUGGCGGUCGCCGUGAUGGAUUACGAUCCCCAUGAGUUGCUCGUUCUCCUCAACACAAUUUAA